AUGAGGUUGAUGGGGGAGUUUAUGAUGAACACGAUCAUCUUCCAUCUACUGCUGGAGGAGCUGGACUUAGGUGUGAGCGUGAGAGAAACUGAAAAUGAAGUCGACGACUACCAGUAUUUCUUUGCAGCACAAGAUUAUGACAUUAUUGUUCCGGAAGUUAUGGAGCAGAUACUGGCUGAGGCCGCUCAAUCAGGUGACAUAAACGCCUUAUAUGAUUUACUCCGGCAGGAUCCAACCCUUUUGGAUAAAUAUGUUGAGCCAUCAUUUGUGGAUACGCCUGCACACAUAGCAGCAGCUGCUGGCUCCACCCGUUUUGCCAUUGAAGUCCUAAGGUUAAAGCCACCAUUCCGCACGAAGCUCAACCCGGACGGGUAUGGUCCACUGGACUUGGCACUGCGAAGUGGGAAAACUGGAACAGUAAUACGGCUGGUUAAGCAUGAUCCUGAGCUCAUUCGCGUCAAAGGAAGGGAGGGGUUUACGCCUUUGCACUAUGUAGCUGAAGUGGGCGAUGCUGAGCUUUUGGCUGAAUUUCUAGAGGCAUGCCCGGAGUCCACUCAAGAUUUGACUAAUGGAGGAGAAACGGCUGUUCAUAUUGCUGUGAGAAAUAUGAAUGUCAGAGCUUUACAGGUGCUCCUGAGUUGGGUCAAGAGAAAUAAUAAGGAACACAUCUUGACCUGGACAGAUGAGAAUGGAGAUACUGCCUUGCAUAUUGCAGCCUCUACAAACAACUUUGAGGCUGUCAGGUUGCUAAUCAAAAAGGUGAGAAUAAAUGAGAAGAAUUUAGAAGGUUUCACAUGUCUUGAUACUUUCAUGGGACUGCCAAUCACAGGUGAUGAGAGGAUUGCCAAAAUUUUAAGUAAUGCAGGAUAA